AUGGGCGGUCAGCAGUCCGCAGCGAAGGAUGCAGCUGGCCAACAGCCAGGAGAUGCCACAAGUUCCAGCCACGGGAAGGGUCGUGCGGCAAACAAUCAGGUGCAGCUCGCAGUGAGCCCACUCGGGGGAGUUCCCGGAGCAACAGCGUAUCAUUCCUCGGUGAUCGUGAAUGGGGAUGAAUACUUUUUCAGCGAUGGCGGCAUCUCCUUUGGAAGCGGGCUGCAGUCGCACAAGAAUCCCCAGAACCCAGACUCGAAGCCCGAGGUGUUUGACAUGGGCAUGUCCCCAUACACGGGCACGCAGAUGAAAUCAGUGCUGGAACGCUUCUUCCUCUCCGGCACGCGCCUGGACAAGAAGUACCGGGCAAUGGAGAAGCUAGAUCGGGCCUUGCUCGUAGAUAUGGAUGGCUACUCGAGCAAGAAGCGUGCAGAGGAUGGGAUAUGUCGUCUCAGCUUGGAUGCUCCGCAUAGGCUGCAGCAGCGGUCGAUCUCUGCUUCGAAGCUGGAGAGCAUGAAACAGGAGGCCGAGAUGGCCAAAGAGUGGGGCAAGCAAGUCAAAGCAGAGCUGCAUCUUCAGCAAGGAAAUGCCAAAGCACUGCAGAAGGACACACUGGCCAGCCGCUCGUGGGGUGGCCCCAAGUACAGGCACGUGCCUCCGCAAGAUGGGCAGAGCGCCGAUUACCAGAAGAGCAUGCGCAAAAUGCAGAGCAUUGCCAGCGAGAUUUCGACCAAGCAGGCAAGCGUAGACAAAGCCAUGCAGGAGGACUACAGGAUGGUGAGGAAUACUCGGGCCGAUACCAGUGUCCAUUCCUUAGCAGCCUGGUUGGAGAAGUAUGGCAAGCCUGGCCGCCAGCCUGAGCAGCAGGAGCGAUUUCGGACAACUCCUUUCAAGCAGCGGAGGAUCCCGUUCCUGGGCAUCUCAGAGGCCAAGACACUUCGUCUUGGGGCAGGCAUCUGGUCACAAAGAAGCGAGACAGACCUUCUUGGUGUUGUGGUCGGCGGAAAUCGGAGCAUAGUUGAGGGCAGUGUCAGGCGUGACAACCAGAGUCAGACGCAUGGCCGCAUGGAGAACUUGCGCCAGGCGAGUCCAACAAACUGGCGCUUGCUGGUCCGCUUCGCGAAACGGGUUCGUUGUGAGCUGAUGGCACGACAGAGGUUGAAGAGCGGCUUGAUUGCACGUGCAAAGAUGACAGGGGCAUCGGCAAUGGGGAUCGUGCAGGCAGCCUCAGGUGGGCAGUACCAGCCGAAUCCGAAGGCUGAGGGCUUCGACGUGGAGAAAGUUUGCGACGAGAUUGAUCCCGACAAAGUCUGGAAGACCCCCGGGCAGGCUACUGGAGGAGCAACUGUCAGCUCUGCAGAGGCCAUGCGGGCUGCGCGGUUGGCCAAGCUGGGGGGACCCGGCGCUGGACCUGGCCCAGCUCCCGCAGGGGGAUAUGCAGAAGGCGUGAAAGCCUGCGUGAAGCUGGAUGUGUCAACCAGGGGGAGCCCAGCCCCCGCCCAGCUCGGCAGCCUCUUAGACUGCGGCAGCGUGCUGCUGGCCAUUCCAGCGCUUCAGAUGGGACCGGUGUCGGUCAGUGUUUCACAAGAUGCCAAAACAAUCGACACGCUUACUGGCACGAAUUUGCAAAAAGCUGCUGUACAGGCCGCAUGUCACUGCCCUCGCCCGCAUUUGAGCCCGACGCUCCUGGACAUUCAUGGCAGAUUCACAGUGCUCCGACGAAAGUGCGCUUUGACAGUCGCGGCCGCGCAGAGUCCAAGCUGGAGGGACGCGACCGGCGUUGCCUCCGAUUAG